AUGUUGAGUGACAUUCAGCACGUGGACGCCCGCAACAUCGAUGGCAGCACCCCACUCUGCGAUGCCUGUGCCUCGGGUAGCAUCGAGUGCGUGAAGCUCCUGCUGUCCUACGGGGCCAAGGUCAACCCGCCCCUGUACACGGCGUCCCCCCUGCACGAGGCCUGCAUGAGCGGGACGCUUUCAAGCCUUGGUCCAUUUUCUUCCAAGGGACGCUGCCGAGUGCGUGGGUCUCACGGACAUGGGGCCAAACUGGAAGCGCUGACGAACUGCGCACUUUGGGGGACCCCUCUGCACGUCGCCUGCGCCCGGGAGCAUCUGGACUGCGUCAAGGUGCUGCUCAACGCAGGGGCCAACGUGAACGCAGCAAAGCUUCACGAGACGGCGCUGCACCACGCGGCCAAGGUGAAGAACGUGGACCUCAUCGAGAUGCUCGUGGAGUUCGGGGGCAACAUCUACGCCCGGGACAACCGCGGGAAGAAGCCCUUGGACUACACGUGGAGCAGCAGCGCCCCGGCCAAGUGCCUGGAGUACUACGAGAAGACACCUCUGACUCUGUCGCAGCUCUGCAGGGUGAGCUUGCGCAAGGCCACCGGCGUCCGCGGGUUGGAGAAGAUCGCCAAGCUGAACAUCCCGCCCCGGCCAUCGGUGCAGGGUGCCGUGCGCCUUCCGGAAACUGACCUCCCGUCGUCCUCCCUCCCUCCCUCCCUCGUUGCAGAGACACCUCUGACUCUGUCGCAGCUCUGCAGGGUGAGCUUGCGCAAGGCCACCGGCGUCCGCGGGUUGGAGAAGAUCGCCAAGCUGAACAUCCCGCCCCGGCUCAUCGACUACCUCUCCUACAACUGA